AAAGCUAUGUUUGUUAAAAUUAAGCUUGAAGCUGAAGGGGCACCCCAUAUUUUUCAUAUUGAUGAGAAUUUGGAUGUUCUGGCGCUAAAACAACGAGUGAUUGAUUAUGUAGAUAUUCCUGUCGAGAAUCAGGAAAUUCAUACCCUGUCCAGAAUAUUGGGUGACAACGAGAAAUUGGAUGCAAUCUUGCGAGAUCUGCAAAACAUCAAUGGGGCCGCAAUUUAUUUGUAUAAUAAAAAAGAAUUUGCUUGUUUUCUCCAAUUCUACACUGACAGCGAAGGAGAUAUGCAAACUGACUUUUUUAAUUCGCCUGUUGCUGACAGAAAGCGGCAAAUCGAUCAGUUGCCAAAGUAUACAGAAGUUAUCCCUGACUCGGAGGACUCUUGGCACUCAACAAACACCGAUUCGAGCGAUGAUCAAAGUAGCAGCAGCAGCAGUAGCUCCGAAAGCUCUAAUGAUGAAGGCAAUCAUCGCUCACAAAGUACGAGAAAGCGCAAGGAAGUCGAAGAGAACAGAGUCUCGGUCUCCCCUAAAAGGUUCCUCAUAACGCCGGAGGUUGCUGCGAAGGAAUUGUCCAGUAUUUCGUCUCCUAUAAAUCCGUUAAAGCAACCGGAAGUUGCGAAGCAAUCAGCCACAAUAUCGCCCCCUAUAAAUCCACCAAAGCAAAAGGAAGUUGUGAACAAAUCAGCCACAAAUUCGUCUCCUAUAAAUCUACCAAGAGAAAAUGAUGUUGUGAAAGAAUCAGCUACAAUACCGUCUCCUAUGAAUCCAACAAAAGAUUCACUUCAACACCCAUCGGAAAUACCAGAAUAUUUAAAUCUAACACCAGAAAAUCGUCGCUAUGCUUUGAUUAUUACUAACGAGCUCGGUGGCAUAAAACAGGCGGAGCUUGAUCGUCUAAUGGUGCACUUUUAUAAACUCUUUGAGACCUCCGAAGCUAGCAAUCGUUUAAAUUUCAAUGAUCAGGCCUCCAUAACUCUGCAUGAGCAAAAGCUGUGGGUUAUUUGUGAAGAUAAUGAAACAUGUGAGUGGAUCAAUAAGGCGACAUGUAAUUUGUCUCCCUUCAAGUGCGCCAACUUCAUAAACUACUUCGAUCUAGUCAAGAGUUGUGUGGUUGUGCCUCAAGCAGUUCAACAUAAGGACAUUGCUAGUAUCUUUCAGUUGCUGGAGCUGCAAAAUGUCAGCUUGUCAACGUUGAAGUGGUGUGUCGUAAAGCGCGAUCUGCUCAAAACUAAAAACUUUGAAUCAGCAAUAAAAGUUUCCACACUUUGCGAAAAUGAGCAGCUCACGGUUUAUGUGGAUCGGGAUAGCAAGGAGUUCAUACAGGCGCAGGGUUCUAGGCUGAAAUAUUGUUUUUGGAAGCUCGUUUUUAGUUUCUAAUGAUGUUUUGUACAUAUAUAAAUAAGUGCCUAUUUAUUUUUAUUGUUACAUACA